AUGGCAGUCGGAGCCUGGAGACAGACAAAGGACCCGCGAGUAGAGUUGGCAACUGAGGCAGUGGCCUUAGUGACUGGUAGAGGCCACAAACGGAAAAGAAAUCAGCAACGACGGGUAGAUGCCGCAGUGGUAGGCACAAUUCAGACAACACGAGAUUCUGCUGUCCGAGUGCUGGAGGUUCGUCUGCCUGGGCAUAGUACGAAAGUGAUUGGGGAAUCGGCUGGCCUGGGCUUUAGGGGGUCAUUUUUUCUCGAUUGGCCAGUUACAUGUCACGAUUGUUUAUCUUCGUCGGUGGGUAAACAUGCCCCUGACUAA